UGCAACCCUAUAAGAAAAGGGUUUUUUUUCCUCUGCGUAGAGCAAUAAUGAAUGAUAUUGGAGGUUCGUUCUUUCUUGCUUUGACUUUGUAAGCCGUGGAUUGGUCAAAUUGAAUUUUCCUUCUUCUAGAGUUGUUGCAGAAAUGGAAGACACGGAGGAGUCGACGUCUGACUGUAGUAUAGAUUCUAGUAAACUACCGCCUAUGCCACCAUUGAUGAAGUCAAAGAGGAAUAUGGUCGUCCGAAGUCCUAGACAGUAUGGCCCAUCGUCUGUUCUGCCAUCGACUGAGAUAAACACUGCCGAAGAAAACGUGGAGGAGGCGUCACGUAGGAGACCCGCUUCAUUGGAAGACGGGGAAUUCAAGCGUCUUAUGCCCCCCGAGUAUACCAGACGCCUUAUUCUUGCCUCUCCUCCACCAUUGAUCAAAUUGAUGAAGAACACAGAAAUUUCAGCCAGUACUUCUGACAUUCCACCAGGCUUCAAAACGACAUUUCUAAACGCCCGCAAAAGGGACAGGAAUGCAGCAACGUCUGGUACAACGCCUGGAAUGGAAGUCGCGGAGAACUCCUCGUCAACCUUCAGCGGAUACGAGAAGCGAGUAUCGCCUGGGAAGCCGGUGCUCAAGGUUGGAAAGAAGGUCUUUUCGGCAGGCACAACGUCGGAUGUUGAAGAUUCUGCUGAUAGGAAAAACGAAACAUCUGAGCAACUCCAUGCUUAUGCCAUACCCGUUGACCGUAGUCAUCCUAUCGGGCUGGAUUCUGUCUCUUCUAAGGUUGUGGUUCAAAUUCUGGAUCAGGACCAGUGUUCUAAGGGUGAGUCAUCACACGCGUGUCCGUUGUGCCUAAAAGAGUUCAAGACAGCUUCUCACCUCCGUGAGCACGAACGUAUUCAUACUGGAGAGCGACCAUUCAAGUGUACUGUAUGCAGCAAGACGUUCACUCAAUCAAGCACCUUGUGUGUUCAUAAACGUACUCAUACCGGAGAGAGGCCGCACACAUGUGGGACAUGUGGCAAGUCGUUCAAGUCGUAUUGCCAUUUACGCCAGCAUGAACGUGUCCAUUCUGGAGAAAGACCUUUUAAAUGCAAGACAUGUGAAAGGUCAUUCACACGGCUAUCGUAUCUACGUGACCAUGAACAUACACAUACAGGAGAAUGUCCGUAUAUGUGCGGAGAGUGCGCAAAAGGUUUCUGGCAUUCUUCAAGCCUUCGCAGACACGAGCGUAAUCAUCACAUGCAUGAAAAUUAAUUUAACGACCCUCAAAAUCUUUAGUAACUGUUUCACUAUGCGCGCAAUGCAUUUCUUCUCUUCGUGUGUGUGUGUGUGUGUGUGUGUGUGUGUGCGUGCGUGUGUGUGUGCGUGUGUGUGUGUGCGUGUGUGUGUUUGUGUGUGUGCGUGUAUUCGUAGCACUCCAUGAUGCACCACCUUGGUCGUAUUCAAGCACGCGAUAGACCAUGAUAGUCCAGGAUUGCAUUCUGACGUGCAUUAUGCAGUUCUGCAUGUAUAUUUUGUGUUCUGGUCCAUAGUCUCGUCUUACUGUACAACGCACUAGUGCUGCAAGUAAUUAAAGCAGUUGUGAAUAAUCCUGGCAUUUCGUUUGGUCUGAAAAUGGAUUACUUUGAUCUGAUCGUAGAUAUUGUGCGAAGGGAUUGUUGAUUAUAAACUUGUAUCAUUCGGUGGUACUAUACCGG